AUGGGAACAAUUAUUCCUCCAACUUUUGUCUCAUUUUUCGAAUAUUGCUACCACUUGGGAGUCGUUCCGUUUCGAUUCAAAAUUCCAAAAGAUAAAGAUGCGGAGCAAGAUCCGAUUCCAAAAUUGGGUGGUGGAGAAUAUAUUCUAGAAACAAAUCUUAAGCAAAUGGUAUUUUGCGGUAUCGUGCAUUUCCUUGUUAUCCUGUACUCCCUCAUGUCCACUAUGACCGCACUUCUAAAUAACGAAAUAACUGGUGUAAUUUCUUAUUUUGCUGUGAUCCUGCCCUUCGUAUCGUCAUUUCUAACCAUUUCGUUCAGUUCCUUUGUGUGGAGAUUUCGUCAGGGAAGAAUCACUGACAUGAUAACACAGUCCAUCAAGUAUUUCGAGCAUUGCAAGAAAUCACGAGGAUUUCCUAAAACGGACCUAAUUUACAUAGUCAUCAGCAUCCUUCCCUUCAUCCUCCCAGGCCUCGUGUCGAUCUUUUCCCACCUCAUCAACUACGACCUCUCCCACAAUUUCUACAAUUACGUCUCAUCAGCCCGGUCAUUUUGGAGUGCGUCCUACUUCCACGGAAUCCCCGAUAACUCUGUUACAUCCUACAGCACACUAUUUGGUUACAUCAUCCUCUCCACGUUCCACUUGACCGCCACCCUCUGCACCUUUUCUUUCAUGGUGUUUAUGCAAACCGGACUGUUUUUGGGAGUCAUGGUCCUGCACGAAGCUGCGUGCGCGUUCACAUCAAAAUUGGGGAACAAGUCGCCCGACCAUUAUUUCGACUCGUACACGUUGCUGGCACAAUGGCAGGAUCUGAAAUCCUUGUCGAAAUCAAUAAAUCACGCCAUGGGAACGUUGCUAAGCUUUCUUUUUGUCAUGGAAACGAUGGAAAUCAUCACGAUUGUAGGCUCCAUGCCGAAUGGUGAUUACUACGCGGAUGCACUGAGCCUGUACUUGAUCUUCUUCAGUGUCACGUACCUCGUUUUGGCGGCCUGGAUUUGUGACGAGGUUUGUACAAAAAUGCGUACAUGA